AGAGAGAGAAGAGAGAGUGCGUGUGCGAGUCCGUCUGUGAAAAUUGAUCACCAGCGGCCUUUUCACGAAGAAUGGCCAAACAGGCGACGUUAUUUACAUUCUUUUCGAAGUCAAAUACUCCAAAUAAGCCCAAGCGCGAGGAGACAACGCCGAACAAAGUCAAAUUGAAGGGGAAUGAUUUCAAGGCCUUGGACUUGGUAUGGGCAAAGCUGGAUGGCUACCCUUGGUGGCCAGGCCUGGUGUGUGACAGUCCCAGUGAAAAGACCUUCAUGCGCAAGGGCCAGAUCCACGUCCAGUUUUUUGAUAAUCCACCGACUCGAGGGUGGGUCAGAGAAACGUUUCUGAAACCCUAUUGUCCACCUGGAGAAAAUGGUAUUCCCACCUACAAGGAUCCCAAGUGGAUCAGAGCCAUUGGGGAAGCAGAUAGUGCCAAGGAACUCCCUGUGGAGGACCGCAAUCUUCUGAUUGUGGAAAUGGUGCCAUCUGAUGAGGAGGAUGAGGCAAUGGAAACGGAUGAGGAUGAUAGUGACAAGAGCAAGGAGAAUGUUGAUGCCAAUAUUAGUGGGAGGAAAGGCAGCAGAAAGAAUAGCAAGGAAUCACAUGAAGAACCAAAACAGAAAAGGAGGAGAAUUAUUUUACAUUCUGAUAGUGAAUCUGAAGAUGAUUAUAAGCCAGGAAAGGAUGAUGAAAGUGGAGAUGGUUCAGCCAGCUCUGGUGUGGAUGAAGAUAAUGUAUCAGAACCUGAGACUGAGUCUGAGAUUGAUUCUCCUGUAAAGGCACCAAGUAAUAAACGAAAAAGACCGGCACCUGGAGGGCGUAACCUGAAUUCAUCUUUGGCUUCAUCACCUUCAGUACCCAAGACACCAAGCAGCACACCCAAAAUUUCUCAAGGAACAAAAUCAAAAUUAUCACUCUUUGCUGCAAAAGAGACUCCAGCUAAGGCAGAGGAUACUACAGAUAAUUAUGACUACAUGAAUUACCCAUGGCUGAAACCAGAAGGUAUAAGAGAUCGUGAUAGGCGUCGGCCAGAUCACCCAGACUAUAAUCCAAGAACUCUGUGUGUCCCUGAAGAUUUCCUGAACCAGCAGACUCCAGGUCUGAGGCAGUGGUGGGAUCUCAAAUCUCGUCAUUAUGAUACAGUACUGUUCUUCAAGAUGGGUAAAUUUUAUGAGCUGUUUCAUAUGGAUGCUAUGAUUGGAGUCCAAGAACUUGGCCUACUUAUGAUGAAGGGUGAAAAGGCACAUUCAGGUUUUCCCGAAAUUGCUUAUGGAAGAUAUUCAUCCACUUUGAUUGAGAAAGGUUACAAAGUUGCACGUAUUGAACAAACUGAAACCCCAGAAAUGAUGGAGAAAAGAUGCAAAAAUAUGGGUCGUCCAACAAAGUUUGACCGUGUUGUUAGACGUGAAGUAUGCCAGAUUAGUACCAGAGGAACUCGAGUUUACAGUGUUUUGGAUGGAGAAGCCUCAGAAUCCUCAACAAAUUAUCUUCUGGCUAUUUCAGAGAAGACAAAAGCUGGGGCUGGUGAUGUUCGUGAGUUUGGUGUAGCCUUCAUUGACACCAGCAUUGGAAUCUUCCACAUUGGCCAGUUUUCAGAUGACCGCCAUGAUUCACGGUUAAGCACCCUGAUGGCACACUAUCCACCAGCCCAGAUUCUCUAUGAACGAGGACGACUAUCACAGAAGACACAAAAACUUGUUACAAUGUCGGUGCCAGCCAAUUUGCGGGAGGCCCUGGUGCCUGAGAAAGAAUUUUGGACAGCUAGCAAAACACUUACUUUCUUAGCUGAUGGCACAUAUUUCAAGGAUGAGGAGGGAGGAUCUUUGCAGUGGCCUAAAGAGAUUAAGAAAAUGUUAGACAAGAGUGAUACCCUUGGGAAAACUCCAUCUCCAGAAUGGGAACUUGGGUUGUCUGCCUUAGGUGCUCUUGUUUGGUACUUGAUGGACUGUCGCUUAGAGGAGCAGUUGCUUACUAGGAAAAGGUUUGAAACCUACAGUCCCCUAGAUGAAGCAGUAUCAACCAGACAAGGGAAGAAAGAAUCAGUUCCUGCUUUUAUUAGUGGGAGGCACCACAUGGUCCUGGAUGGCACAACCCUGAGUAACUUGGAAGUGUUUGAGAAUAACAGUGGUGGCUUUGAAGGAACCCUCAUUGACAGACUUGACAGAUGCUCCACACCAUUUGGUAAAAGAUUACUACGCAGCUGGUUGUGUGCCCCUUUGUGUAGUCCCUCUAGCAUAAAUAGUCGUCUUGAUGCCAUUGAAGACUUGCGAAAUAACCCAGAAGUUUUAGAAGAAGUAACACCACAGUUAAAGGGCUUGCCUGAUCUGGAGAGAAUUUUAUCCAAAAUACACUCCCAAGGUCUGAAACGUAGCAAGAAUCAUCCAGAUAGCCGGGCAAUUUUCUUUGAAGACGAAAAGUACAACAAGAGAAAGGUGGAAGACUUCCUUGCUGCUCUUAAUGGAUUUAAAGCAACUGUACAAAUCAUGAAGACUUUUAAAGGGAUUGCCAGCUCUCUGCAGUCAGACCUACUGAAGAAAUGUGUCAGUAAUACGAAAGAUGGUGGAAAGUUCCCAGUGCUCAAAGAAGCUUUGGAUUUCUUUGAAAAUGCAUUUGAUCAUCAUGAAGCCAAACGGGAAGGAAAGAUUAUCCCAAGCAAAGGUGUGGAUAAAGAAUUUGAUGAAGCAGCAGAACAGAUAGCGGAAACUAAAGCUAGUUUAGCAGACUAUCUCAAACAACAGUGUAAAUAUUUUGGUGCAAAGGUUGUUUAUUGGGGCAAUGACAAAAAGAGAUACCAGCUUGAAGUCCCAGAUCAUGCUUGUAAGAAAGCUGGCAAUGAAUAUGAACUAGUGAGUCAGAAGAAAGGAUUCAAGCGAUUCUGGACUCCCAAGACGAAAGACUUGCUUGCAGACAUGAUCUCAGGUGAAGAACACCAUAGAACAGCAUUGAAGGAUAUUGCACGCAGAAUCUUCGAGCAGUUUGAUAACCAUCAUGAGAAAUGGGAAGCAGUGGUCCAGUGUAUAUCAGUUCUGGAUGUACUCAUUUCUCUCACUCGAUAUUCUCAAGAGAUCAAUAGUGUCAGGCCAGCCAUUUCUAUACCCAAUGAAGAACUAAAACCAUUCAUUGAGAUUCGAGAUGGUCUUCACCCUUGUGUUGUAACUACCUUCAGUGGAGAUGAAUUUAUUCCUAAUGAUGUGGUACUUGGUGGAAACAGUGAAGACGCUCACUCCCCAUUAGUCCUGGUAACAGGUCCUAACAUGGGUGGUAAAUCAACACUCAUGAGACAGACUGCCCUCAUAUGCAUCCUUGCUCAAUUGGGUUCAUUUGUGCCAGCAAGUUCCUGCCAGUUAACCCCUGUUGACCGAGUAUUUACAAGACUUGGUGCCUCAGAUAGAAUCAUGAUGGGAGAAUCCACAUUCUUUGUUGAACUUGCUGAAACGUCCUCCAUUAUUCAGCAUUCUACAAAUCACUCACUGGUUUUGGUGGAUGAGCUUGGUCGAGGUACAGCAACAUAUGAUGGAACAGCCAUUGCUUCAGCAGUUGUAGAAGCUCUUGUGAAGUUAAAAUGUCGUACACUCUUCUCAACUCACUAUCAUUCUUUAGUUGAUGACUUUGCUGAUGUGAAGAAUGUCUCAUUAGGGCAUAUGGCUUGUAUGGUUGAAGGAGAGAAUGAAGAAGAUCCCUCUCAGGAAACGAUAACUUUCCUGUACAAGUUUACAGGAGGUGCAUGUCCUAAGUCCUAUGGAUUUAAUGCAGCCCGACUUGCUGAUCUGCCAGAGGAAGUUAUUCGACGUGGAAGUCAGAAGGCUCGGGAACUCGAGAAGAAUAACAUUAAGAAACGAACAUUUACAGAAGUAUUUAGGGGAGAGGGUACAGGAAAACUUAAUCUUAAGCAUUCCAUAAAGAAAAUAAUUGACAUUGCUGCCUGAAACUUACAAACAAUGAAUUAAUAAGGAUUUUACAUCCAGAUAUCUUGGUGUGUCCAUUGGUAUUAAUAUGUAUGCCUUUCAAAUAGGAAAGAAAAAUAAAUAAUUACAUUUA